CCGGCUCCGCCCUCGGGGCGGGGUCUGGGGAAGCCGCGGGCGGCCGGCCGCGGCCCGGAGCUGCUGCGGGGGCUGCACCCGCGGCGCCGAGGCAGAGGCUUGGGUGCGCGCUUGGCGGACGUGCUUGACCCCCGCGGCUCAGCUUCGCCGGCCCUUGUGGUAGCCAGGGCGUCUAGGCGGGUCUGCGCGGCGCCCCAGCCAGGAUGCGGUUGUUCCGGUGGCUGCUGAAGCAGCCGGUGCCCAAGCAGAUAGAGCGCUACUCGCGUUUCUCGCCGUCGCCGCUCUCCAUCAAGCAGUUCCUGGACUUUGGGAGAGAUAAUGCGUGUGAGAAAACAUCAUAUAUGUUUCUCCGAAAGGAGCUUCCUGUGCGACUGGCUAACACAAUGAGAGAAGUCAAUCUUCUGCCGGACAACUUGCUAAAUCGGCCUUCGGUGGGAUUGGUUCAGAGUUGGUAUAUGCAGAGCUUUCUUGAACUUUUAGAAUAUGAAAAUAAGAGCCCUGAAGAUCCACAGGUCUUGGAUAACUUUCUACAAGUCCUGCUUAAAGUCCGAAACAGACACAAUGAUGUGGUUCCUACAAUGGCACAAGGAGUGAUUGAGUACAAGGAGAAGUUUGGGUUUGAUCCUUUCAUUAGCAGUAACAUCCAGUAUUUUCUGGAUCGGUUUUACACCAACCGCAUUUCUUUCCGCAUGCUUAUUAACCAGCACACACUUCUGUUCGGUGGUGAUGCCAGUCCUGCUCAGCCUAAGCACAUAGGAAGCAUUGAUCCCACCUGUAAUGUGGCCGAAGUAGUGAAAGAUGCUUAUGAAACAGCCAAGAUGCUGUGUGAACAGUAUUACUUGGUAGCUCCAGAGCUGGAAGUUGAAGAAUUCAAUGCCAAAGCUCCAGACAAACCUAUUCAGGUAGUUUAUGUGCCCUCACAUCUGUUUCACAUGCUAUUUGAGUUGUUCAAGAACUCAAUGAGAGCAACAGUAGAAUUAUAUGAAGAUAGAAAAGAGGGCUACCCAGCUGUUAAAACCCUUGUUACUUUGGGUAAAGAAGACUUAUCCAUUAAGAUAAGUGACCAAGGUGGUGGUGUCCCACUUCGAAAAAUAGAUCGUCUUUUUAACUAUAUGUAUUCAACUGCUCCCAGACCUAGCCUGGAGCCUACAAGAGCUGCCCCUUUGGCUGGAUUUGGUUAUGGUUUGCCAAUUUCACGCCUGUAUGCUAGAUAUUUUCAAGGAGACCUGAAACUCUAUUCCAUGGAAGGAGUGGGCACUGACGCCGUCAUUUAUUUGAAGGCUCUUUCAAGUGAAUCAUUUGAGAGACUUCCAGUUUUUAAUAAGUCAGCAUGGCGCCAUUACAAGACCACACCUGAAGCUGAUGAUUGGAGCAAUCCUAGCAGUGAACCCAGAGAUGCGUCAAAAUACAAGGCUAAACAGGACAAGAUCAAGACUAAUAGAACUUUGUAGAGAACUGAAUGCUCUGGUCCUCUCUGUGAAGAAAGACCAUCUUCUGCAAGUCAACCAGAGAGAAUUCCUUUCCUCUACCAACUCUGAGAGCAGAACCAUAGUUAUUCCAGUGCUUGAACAUGUAUUUUCUCCAUACCAGCUGGACCUUUUCCAUGGAGCCCUUCCUGUAGCUACUCCAGCUCUUCCACAGAAACUAGUAAUUUGUAAAUUGAGUAACUUUUCGUAGUACUUUGCUGUGUUGUGAUUGGCGCCUGGCACACGAGAACACGGAGCCUCCAGAGCGCUCUCAUGUCCUCAUACCCUCCGCCUCAUUAUCAUAGAGUCAGGUGUCUACAGUCUUCCCAAGAUUCCAAGCUCCUUCCCCCUUCCUGACACAGAAGAUAUCUACUGUUGCUCUUUAUGACCAAAUACCAUGUUUGUCCCAAACCACCAACUAAGGCCUGAGGAAUCUGGAGGUUGAAGACAUCAGCUGAGCAUGUCUUGAUAAUUCAGUCCCAGAGCCCAGCUUCCCUCAUAUGCAUUUCUCUUCCACUCUUUGGUUUAGACUCUUGCCUUCCUCCAUCUCGUAUUCUCAUUGUGAGGUAUGGGUACUUUCGUGUUAGAUCUUAUUCAUCAAUGCAUUGAUUUUAUUUUAAAAUUCAUUUGUAUAUUUCCAUUCUGUUGAUUAAAGUAAUCCAAAAGUCGUCUUGGACUUUUUCACUUAACUGCUUGGUUUCAAAGAUCUUAAGUGAAAAACUGCCUUCUGAUCGGUAGCAAGUUUGUAAAGAGUAGAAAGUAGAAUUUUUUGCUUAUGUAAAGACUUAACCCAUCUCAUAAGGGACUUUUGUCAUAUUCUUUUCCAUUGUAGUCUUCUAGUCCCUGUGUGGUACGCUUUACUAGCGGUAAGAUGGACUAUUGAAGGGAAAAAGUUCCAUCUGGUUUAUUUUGAAAAUUGCCCUAGGUCCUCAUAAUUUUCAUUUUCAUUGAUUUUAGCCAGUUUUAGAAUGGUCAACUCAAUCUGAUUUUCACAGUCUUUUGCUUUUUAGCUGAAUGUGGGAAGUGGAAAUUGGCAGAGGACUUGGGGUAAGGAAAGAGGAGUCGUAUUAUAUUUACCCUUAGAAACAGAAGCUAUCUGAGAGUCCAUAUUAAAAUCAGCAUUUUCCACAGCUCCACAGGAUGUGUUUCUCUUCACUGUCAUUUCUCAUAUGUAUUCUCUAUCCUGACUUCUCCCCUCUUGUAAUGUCCAUAUAAAUGUGUUCAGUCCAGUUUUUAAGUAUUACAGCCCACUGAUUUAAAACUUUUAACUUGUCUUCUUCAUUCUUUUGUCAUAAGAUAGUGUCGGUGCAGCUGUCGCCAUGGUUAACAUGGUGGGGGAUUUUUCCCUGGGAAAAGGUGUGCUCUGACCAGCUGCACCUGGGUUGAUUACAUCGUUUCUCUUAGUUGCACUGAAUCUGAUUUUCUUUCAUAUCAUUAUAUUACCUGAGCUCAUGGUAGUUUCCUUUCACCUUUAGAAAGCUCUCAUCUCUUCCAUCCUUAGAAGCAUCUCAUCAGAACUCAUAUCUAUGCAGUCAGGUAAAAGGACUGUCGAUGUACUUUCUGAUGGCAGGGUGGUCCAUGUGGGGGCCAUUGUUGUGAGAACUAAGUCGGUGUCCUAGGAAUGGGGCUGUUCCAUAUGAUUAUUUUCUUGUUGUGUAAAUGAUGUAAAAAUAAUGGUCCUUCACAUUUAAAGACCCUAGCUUCCUUGUAAACAUUAGGUAGUAUAUUGGUGUCUUCCUUACUAGGCCUCGGUUUCAGAACAUACUCAUUUACACUUCCAAGUAUGAUACACUCUAUAGGCGGGGGGUCAGCAGAUUCAGUUAGUGUUACCUGUUGCCUUGUUCUGUCAUUAUUUUUAUUAUGUGAUUGAAAAAUGUUCAUUGAUCAUUUUGCCCUCACACCACCACCAUGUAAAGGUUGAAUGUGGAAAAUAUGAGGUGGAAAAAUCCUAUUACAUUCCUCCCUUUACAAGUCUUUUUCAAAAGUAAAAUUUUUUUCAAUGUUUUAGUAACUUAAUUGGUAGACCUUUUCUAAUGUACUCUUCUUAUGUAUACCCAUCUGACCCCAGUACAAUAUUCCUUCUCCUGUCUUUGUUUUCUGUAUUUAACUUUGCUCUUAAAGCAACCACAGGAAGAGUUCCAGAAACAUCUUGUAUUCUAACAGUUCUACUAGCCCUUUUACCCAAGUAUUUAUCUCUCCUUUUUGUUGGCUGUACUGAUGAAGGCACAUCCUUCUGACUGUUUGCUGGGUUUGUCUAUAAGAAAAUCGUCAGAUUUCUACAUACAGGUUAUAAUAUAAAUAGACAUUGCCCCCUUGUCAGCUAAAUUUGGUUAGUUCUCUUCAUUCCUCCUUUUUCCCUCUCUUUUACUGUAUUUUAUUUUAAGUAUUUGGGGACCAUGCCUACUGUUUGGAAUAGUGCCUGGCAUGUGGUAGGUUUCCCUAUUUCCACCAGACAUCACCCUAAAUAUUAGUUGAAUCAAAGAAUGAAAAUUGACAGGCAUUUAUUUAGCUUGGGUGAUGGGGCAUCAUCUUUCAAAGUUCUUAAACUGUCCUUGUUUCCAAUAUAAAAAUAGUUCAGGUAAAGAGCUGUGGAAGUACUGAAUUUCCUUCUUAUAGUACGAAGAAAUGACUUUAAAAUGUAGAGAAAUGGACGGAAGUAGGGAGUGAUCCACAGGAGCCAUCAGAUCUUUUCUUUGUCUCUGAAUAUCUGAUUUUGGCUCCUUAAUAUACUGGGUUCUUUCCAUCCAAACGGAGACAUGGUUUUAUAGCCUGGCUUACAGAUUACAAAGACCCUUCACAUGCGCCAUCCUUUUGAUCCUUACAACGCUGUGAGGUGGACCACGCAGGUAUUCUCUGUUUUUCAUGUGAGCCCCAAAGCAAUUAAGUCGUUUUCCAAGGUGGCAUGGUAACUAAAUGACCGAACCGAAGCGGGUAGUUGGGUCUUCUCCUUCUUAGGCUGGUGCUCUCAACAAUGCACCAGGUAAUUAGCAUUAUCUCUCUUUUGAGGAAUUUCUUGGGUAUAUUAGCGCUGAAGGGUAAGCUAUAAACCAAAACUUUUAUAUAGUACAAGAUAAUUCCAUUCAGGAAAGAUUUUCUUUUGUGUGUUUUCAUUUUGGCAUAGUUAGUAAGAGGAGCUAAUUGAAUGGAUUUGGCAGCUUUUACCUAGAAAGACAGGCAACUUAAAGUGUAUAGCUGUAGGUAAUUACUAUAGUUAUUUAGAUUUAAUUCUAUGUUUGAAUGAAUUCAGUACUCACUGCCAGCCCUUUCAUACAAAGACUCCACAUUCGAGAGUUGAUGCUUUUAUCCUUGGGUGGACUAGAUUACAGCUUCAGUUAGAUUUUCUUGUAUGUGCACAAAUGUAUUUCUCUUGCCAUUACUUAUGAACAACUUGGUUGGCUGUUGGAUUCUUGGGUCACAUCUCUUCUCCCUCGAUUCUUUGGAGAUACUGCUUUAUCGUCUUCCCGUGUCUGGUGGUGUUGGGAGGUGACCUGCUUGUCUGCCCUGGAUACUUGUGAUUUUUUGUCCUUGAAAUUCAGUAACUUCAUUUGCGUAUGUCUCAGGAUUGACAGUUGUCUGUUGCCUCUUCCUGGCACGCAGUGAAUAGCAGAUAUUGACAUUGGGGCCUUACUGCAUUUCAUAUUGGUUUAUUCUGUCCUUAUGUUGGCUCUCUUGGAGCCCUGGUGGUGCAGUGGUUAAGAGUUCAGGCUGCUAACCAGAAGGUCAGCAGUUCGAAUCCACCAGCUGCUCCUUGGAAACACUAUGGGUCAGUUCUACUCUGUCCUGUAUGGUCGCUAUGAGUCGGAAUCAACUCUACAGCACCAGUUUUUUUGUUUUGUUUUUUUUAUUGGCUCUCUUAUCUAUCCUUCACAUUUAUCUUUCUUUUGAUCACUUUCAUCUCCUUGUCUUUCUUCAUGCUAUGUAUAAUUUUUUUUCUCAAGCCUUACCCUCCAUUUUGCUGACUCAGUUUUCUACACUGAUGAUUCCAGUGCUUGAUGCUUGUAAUGUGGCUUUCACUUCUGUUAUAGUUUUCUUUUUUAUCUCGGUUCCUUUCCUGAGCUCUGCCAGCUUUCCCCCACCUCAUUAUGUUAUCCUCUUUGAUUCCCUAUUUCAUUUCUUUGAGGUCUGAAUGGCUUUGUCUACGAUUUUCUUGGUUUCUGAAACCGCUCUUUUUCCAGAGUGUGUUUAACUCUCUUGCUUCUUUCGCUCCUUUCUUGGCUGUUUUGUUUUUAUGUUGUUGUACAAGUAUCGUGAUGACUUUAGCUGCUUAUUAUUUAUCUUUGAAUGGAACCGUUCUGUCUGCCCAGGACUAGUGUGGAAAAUCCUCCUUGACUCCUCCAUUUUUGGGUGGGAAGUGUUUGAAUGAUCAUCUUAGACCUUGAACUAUAAGGCUAGAUAUUGGCAGAUUGUAAUGUUGGAGAUGGUUUUGGGGUAUGUUGUCUCUGAGUGCCUUCUAUGCUGCUGAAUCCUAUGCCCUGGAUCUGCCUGGGCCCAUUGGGGGACAGGGGUCUCGCUUGAGUUUCUUCAUUUCCAUCAGACAUCACCCAAGCAGGAGUGUAGUGGGUCCAUACUUCUGCUCUGCUGGAUCAUAUAUAGUCAGCAUUUGUGUGGUUGGCUCCUGAGUUACCGUUUCUCUCCUCUGCUUCAGCUCCACGCGCCCUUCUUGUGUCCGAAGGAAAGCAUUAUGCAUCUGAGAUUUCGCCUUCAGCCCAACCAAUCCCCUGCUCUUUGUUUCUGGAAAUGUGCCCACGCAGAGUGCACUUGGCUUCUCCUGCUGCCCGUCCUUUUUUCUCCAAGUUAAGAAAUUAUUGGUAGAGUCCUUUGGAACCCUCUCAUUAACUGCCCAGUAAUUAUGGCCUGCUUGAGACUAGGAGAAAUUCCUGGCAAAUAUGAGAAUUCUUCUUUAAUUAGUGCCAGCUUCAUUGUAUCUGUCAGACGCUCCCCUACAGUCCAUAGUGUGGGGUUGGGGCUUCUAUCGGCUUCAUCACAGACAGCUUGUUUUUCAAUUUUUGGGUGUGUGUGUUGGAGGGCAGGAGUAGUUAUAUAAACAUGCAUUUAUUCUGCCAUCUUUCCCAGCAGUCCAGGUGCUUAAACAUUGACUUUGAAGAUAAUGUCCUUCAUAGUUUAUAUGUUAGUAAGCAGAGGGAACCAAUAUUGCUAGCAGGAAAGAACCAUUAACUACUUAAUCAAUACAGGAUUUUUGUUUAUUGUUCUGUGUAGAAAGAUAACUUUUAACCCAGGUUCCUGUUCCCUUGAUUAGAGAUAUCAGUACCUUCUGGUUUGAAAAUAGGGAUCAUGUGAGAUUUUAAUGAAUGUUUGAAGCUAUCAACCAUAGGCAGUUAUUAAUUCAUUAAUUAAAUACAAUAGCGUAUUUCAGAAUAGCACAGAAUCAGAGUUGUCAAGAGAAGUAUGAGCUGUUUUUUAUUAGCAGGUUGUUCUUUAACUGUCCAACUGAGGGUGUUAACCCUUCUGAGAGCUUUACUGUGACAUCUUUUCCUAUCUGUCUUUUCAAUCAAACUGUUCUGUUGUUGCCGUCAAGUCGAUUCCUACUCAUGGCGACCCCAUGUGUGUCAGAGUAGAACACUGCUCCAUAGGGUUUUCAAUGGCUGAUUUUUCAGAAGUUGAUUGCCAGGGCUUUCUUCUGAGGCACAUCUGGGUGGACUCCAGUCUUGCGGUUAGCAGCUGAGUGCGUUAGCUGCUUGCACCACCCAGGGAUAGAAAGGUGUGAAGUCCACAUCAGGAUUGCUUUUGUUAUUCACAACUGUAUGUUGAAAUGGUCUGUUGGCCUGGGGCUUGCUAUAGCAGCACACGGGUUAAUGUGUAGAAAGUGCAUUUACAGGUAGAGCACGGGGAAUGCAGCUUCAUUCAGGUUGGAGGUUUGAUUUGUCUGUUUGUAGGAUUCAGGAAACCCUGGUGGCAUAGUGGUUAAGAGCUACGGCUGCUAACCAAAAGGGCAGCAGUUUGAAUCUACCAGGUGCUCCUUGGAAACUGUAUGGGGCAGUUCUACUCUGUCACAUUGGAUCACUACGAGUUGAAAUCAACUCGAUGGCAACGAGUUUGGUUUGGUUUGGUGUUUUUCCUCAGGGACCAGCCCAUUCCACUAGACAGCCAGCAGCAAACUGCUCCCCUUCAGAGCUCUAGCAGAACGGCCAAGGAGCAUGUGUGACAGCUUGCUCCAUGCCCCAAGCCCUCCUAUGCUGUACCUUCCCCUGCGCUCAGAGUCUGCCCUUGUCUGUGCCUGCUGUGAAAUGCAGAAUUGAACAUGGGCACCUACGUGUACGAGAGACUAAAGAAGCCAAGGUGGGAGACAGAAGCGUCAUGGAAAGCGCUGUUCAUUCCUCCAUUUAAAAAACAGAGUGUCUCUUAUGUGCUAGAAACCGCUAGGUGCUGGGAAUCUGAUAGUGAUCAAAGCCGACAGAAACGCCUGGGUGGUGAAGCUCACGUUUUAAUAGGGGAGACAGACUAGAAACAAAACAAAGACAUUUGAUAGUACAUUUGGGAGAUAAAUGCGA